UCCAACUUGUGAAAUGAUUGUUGUGAAAUGCUGGGCAGUGUCUUUUCGCGUCUGCCGUUUUGGAAACAGGACGAUUCGCUCCGAAAUUGGUUGCAUGGCAACACCUUUGUAUUUGGCGACUACACAAGGUGUCUGUUAGACUGUUUUGAAAAUUAUGAUCGAGAUGGUUAUCUGAACAUUGAAGAGACUCGACGAGCUUUGAAUGAGUUGAAACUUUAUCCGACCAAGUCCCAGGUGUAUGAGAUCCUGUACUGUAGUUCAGAUUACGAGAAACAUGAAAAGGAAAAAGUGUCUUUUGCACAGUUCUGUGUUCUUGCUUCCGAGCUCAGAGAGGGCUAUAAAAAAGGCAUGGUUGGGGUGAAUCCAUUUUCAAGGAAGGACAAAGAUGAGAUUAUUUGGAAGCGACAGAAAAGAAAAGUAACUGGUAUCGUCACAAAUUUUCAAGUAUUUCUUGGAGGGGCCUGUAAUCCUACACAGUGGAGGACAACAGAAGCCAUCCCAUUUCUAAAACAACAUUGUAUUACAUAUUAUAAUCCACAAGUUCCAAAUUGGACGCCUGAGUUAGUCGAGAUAGAAGACCAAGCCAAACAUAUAGCAGAGGUCUUAUUAUUUGUGAUAAACAACAAGACACGUUGCAUAGCAUCUCUUGUCGAGGCAGCUUAUCUUGCUGGAUGUGGGAGACAGCUGCUGCUGGUCCUGAUACCACUGGUGGGACCUGAGAUUGUGAUAGCAGGAGAAACGAUUUCCAAAACUGAUUUGGAAUCCCUGCAGCGAGGACACGAGUUUCUCCAUGACCUAGUUGAGCGAUGCGGUCUUCCAGUUUUCGCCGAUAUACCAACAGCUCUUCAGUGUACUGCUCAUGUGCUACAAAAGGGGCAGGAUGUUUCAGAGCUGACACUGCGAGAUGGUGUGCAACCUGUCCGUUACACGCAUGUCAGGGUUGGAGAUAAAUACAUGAAACUAGGCGAGGCAUUUAAUCAUGUCGAUGUCAAAUAUGAAGGCAGCAUAAGUAUAGAAGAUGUCACCCUUGCUUGUAAAACGCUGACAAACUGUCCGCUCGACUCUUCCUUCCAAAAGAUACUUAAACAUUCCAACAAAAAGUCAUUUUCUUUUGAAGAGUUCUGUUGUUUAGUUACUGAGAUUAAAUAUGGCUCUAAAGGCUUCUUUAAAGACUUAUUUAAACAGCUUUACUCAUGGUCUUGGAAAAUUUUGUCUCACCUGACGCAGGCGUGGCUCAUCCAGACUCUUGGACACCCAGCGCCAUCUCUUGGCUAUAAUCUUUUACUAAACAGAUUGGCCACAACGUCAAGGCGUUCUCGAGGAACUAAGUCCUCCUCUCGGGCGCUCCGGGAAGACAUGGGUGAUAAUGUGUUCAGUCGGCGUGAUGUCUUUCUCGGGGGCAGCUGUGGAGAAUCAACCUGGAGGAAGGAUGUGGCAAUACCUAUGUUGAGGAAGGAGGGUCUCUCCUUCUUUAACCCCCAGAUGCCAAAAUGGAGUGCCCGAUACAUCCCAAUGGAAGCAAACACGAAAAACAACUGUCGUCUGCUGCUGUUUGUGAUUUCCAGUGAUACCCGGGCAACGGCGGCCAUGUUGGAAGCUGGAUUCUAUGUUGGUUUGGGCUGUGAAGUGGUGCUGUGUAUACAAUGCAUUCCAAAAGGGGCAGUUAUUGAGGGAGAAAUGCUGACACCACUUGCUGUUAAGGACUACAAUAGAGGACGCAUGUAUCUGACUGAUGUUGCCAAUCGAGACGGAGUUCCUGUGUUUGACAAUGUUGCCGAAGCAGUGCAGUGUGUCAUCGAUAGACUACGGACUACUGCAUGCAGUCAUGCCAACUGUUCAUGAAAUGUCCUGUAUGAAUUUCGUGCUGACUUUUGUCCUACAUGCAUGUAGGAAUUCCAGUUUCUCCCAUUAAGUAUGCGGCAUAUGAAAAGGAAAGUGGAAGAGGCUAGCACUGACUCCAUGGCGUAAUUCCAACUUUGGAGCCAUCAAAACUGUCCUCCAAUGACUUACAGUUUGUAAGUCCAAGCUGUUCAGAAAUAAUACUCGUGUCUCAAAUUCUAGCACUAAAGAUGGAGUGACUGGACUGUCACUGCCGUGUGUCCUGUCACGAAGAAGAUGUACCACUGGUGCUGGUCUAAUGGGAAAGCUGUCCAGUUUCACCUGUCUGACCAAUCAUUCUACCUCUAAGAUUCUGUGACUCUUCCAACUUGGGCCAUUUUGAGAAGAAAUUUCGAAGAAAGAAGAUGUUUGCUGUUGGUGCCAUAAAUUUGGUUAUUUUGAACAAAUGUAUGACUUGCAAGAACGGAUCACUCUGUACUUAGGUGGUGAAUUUCUACUCUUAUUUCUCUGGAGAUAGUGGAUAGUAUUUGAUACCUAAAUGUAUAAGCAGUGCUUGUGUAAGAGUGGGUUUUUCUUUAUGCAAGCAUUUGUGCUAAACUCUUUGGUUUUAUUUAUUAAAAUGUAUUAGAAAACUUGAUUUGAA